UAACUUUUGUAGGUAGUUUGGGCAGACGGUUUAUAAAAUAAAAAUCUGCGUGUCCUACUUACAUAUUUUAUUCAGAUUGGGAUACGAAUGAAGGUUUGAGAUGUGGAAAUCCUUGCCUGAUUUAUUUAGAGGAAAGAGAAUAAAUGUGAAGUUAGAAAUUUAUGGACGGUUUUGAAAUUGGAAAUUUUAGAUUUCGGAAAACAUGAAGUAAUUCUUAUGUUAAAUAUGCGUUGCUAAGUAUGUACAAUUUCUAGCCUGACGUAAAUGUGUAACCUUUAUGAAUCGAUUUGUACUGGUCAAUGUCAAAGGUCACAUUGAAUCUCGUCACAAAAUGCUAUCCUCCUCUUCCUCCGGGGAUUGGACUAAUCCAAACUUUUACAUAGAAGUGGAACGUGACUACGCCAGAGAUCCAAAUGGGAUAAGAUUUGUGACUAAUUUUCCGCCUGAGUUGAAAGGAUCGGUAACCCGGAAAAUUUAUGUGGAGACGAUUGAGGGGAUUAAUGCCUUAUUUGAGGAGGCGGAGAGCUUUAGUUGGGCGACGACGCUGGAGUCACUGCUCUGGUAUGUGACCUGCACGGGGAUCCAGUAUUGUAAAAAGACAAGGAUAGAAAUUGCUCUGGUGAAAAUACAAAGUUUUAUCUGUGAACAAAACGACACUGUUUUUCAUCCUGUCGGACUGCAUAUUGUCCAUCCAAUAGUUUGCGACCUGCUUAGUAUUGGGAUUCGAAACAUUGCAAAAUAUCAGCUUUACAAGGGGGUGGAAGAAUUUAGGAGUACAUUUCUAUAAUUGUGGUGGUUGUGGUUGUGAUUGUGAUUGUGACAUUUACAUGAAUUUUAUUUUAUUUUGAUC